AUGGCGAUUGCCCAAGAUGAGCAUAUCCUUGAUGAUGGAUAUAAAAGUGGUAAAUUUACAUACUGUGAUGUCGGAUGGCUACUGAAAUGGAAGUAUCUGGGCUAUGAACAUGCUACAUGGGAUCUUGAGUCUUCAUCUUCAAAAGUAGACAAGUUUCAUAGGUUCUGCCGCAAUUCUCGUGCUGCUGUUUUCAUCGACGAUCAGGUUAAGUGGGGCAUAUUUCAGAAACUCCAGGAACUGCCAGAUGGCUGUCCUCCUGGCUUAGAUGAUGAUCAUUUGAGAUUGCUUAACCAGCUUCGUGAGUUCUGGUACAAUUCUCGUGGUGCACUUCUCAUCGAAGAUCAGGUAACUCAUUUACAGAGAUAG